UGUGCCAGCUUCAUGUCCUUCGGGGUGAAACGCCGCUGGUUUGCCCUGGGGGCUGCUCUGCAGCUCGCCGUGGCCACCUAUGCUGCACACGUUGGGGGCCAUGUGCACUAUGGAGACUGGCUGAAGGUGCGGAUGUACUCACGGACCAUCGCCAUCAUCGGGGGCUUCCUCAUCCUGGCCAGUGGGGCCGGAGAGCUGUACCGGCAGAAGCCACGGAGCCGCUCCCUGCAGUCCACGGGACAGGUCUUCCUGGGCAUCUACCUCAUCUGCCAGGCCUAUUCCCUGCAGCACAGCAAGGAGGAUCGCUUAGCCUACCUGGACCACCUGCUGGGGGGAGAGCUAGCCCUGCAGCUGCUCUUCCUGCUCUAUGGGCUACUAGCCCUGGCCUUCCUCUCGGGCUACUACGUGCGUGUGGCAGCACAGGUGCUGGCAGUGCUGCUGCCCCUGGCCAUCCUCCUCAUCGAUGGCAACUUGGGCUACUGGCACGCUGCACGCCGGGUCGAGUUCUGGAACCAGAUGAAGCUCAUUGGCCAAAAUGUUGGCAUUUUUGGGGCUGUGGUGAUCCUGGCAACGGAUGGAUGA